UUCAUGCUGCCUGAUUGCAAGCAUUGGCAUUGCAGCUGCCACCCUUGUGCCCAUGGAGAUGGGAGGAGGCAAAUGAAGGGGACAGUUCCAGGAGUCCCUGUGCCUGGGAGGAAGGCACAGUACCCAAGAGCAGUUGCUUCUGUCAGGCUGGUGCCCAGAGAUGGGGCAGUGAGGAAUGGGGUUCCAGGAGUCAGGGAGGAAGGGCAGAAAUGUGUUGGUGAUGCUGCUGUCCCUGUAGAAUCCUCUUUGAGAAAUAGUUGGACUGUGAGAUGGUUAGCUCUGUUCCAGCCUGGGUAGUGACGUUGUGGAGAAAGUAGAUAGGGAAGUGCCAAGAAAGAGCCCAAGAGCCAGGGUGGAGGGACUGUGCCAUUAUUACCCAGUGAGAAUGUGCUGGGCUGACAGUGUGGCCCUUUGUGAGAGCACUGAAGAAGAUCGCAAGCAACUGGACUGUGCGAGGGGGUGGAGUGGUGCUGGCACCAGCUCUGGCAUUGUGUGGAAUAGGGAAGGGUGCUAGUGCCUUGCCAAUCGGGCUGACAGGCAUGGGGAGUGCGAUGGCAGAUGGAGUGCUGCCCGAGGACACAAAGGAGGAAGCGCACCAUUGCUAAGGUCCCAGGGAAGAAGAGUGGAGAGCGGCUGGCAGUCCUGCCUGGCCUCCAGCCAGUUCCCUGCUGAAGAUGGUCAUAUCCUCUAGCUGGUCUAACCACUGUUGUAUACUGCUCUCUGAAGCAGGAGUGCUGCUGCUAAGGAUGUCUGGUCUGAGAAAGGGACUAGGAAAGAUUGCUUCCAGCCACUGGGAUAUGGUGUACCCUUAAGAUGCAUAUUAACUGACCUGUCAGCAACUCCAGGAUUCCAGGUGUGCACAUAUGAGAGGUGCAUGGACAAGAAUCAGUGAGAUAACAUGGCCCAGGGCUGCAUCGAAGUGGAGCGAAAGUUUGUUCCGGGGCCUGGCACAGAGGAAAAGCUGAAGGAGUUGGGGGGCACCCUGGAGCACCAAGUCACCUUCCGAGACACCUACUACGACACCAGUGAGCUAAGUCUCAUGCGGUCUGAUCACUGGUUGAGACAAAGAGAAAGUAGUGGAUGGGAGCUCAAAUGUCCUGGAGCAUCAGGUGUCUCCGGACCACACACCGAGUACAUGGAACUUACAUCUGAAUCUGCAAUUGUAGCCAGGCUCUCUGAGCUGCUGGGGACUGAGGGGCUAGGGGCUGCAGGUGUGGCUGCUGUGCUGGGUCCACUGGGGCUGCAGGAAGUAGCUAGUUUUGUGACUAACCGGAGUACCUGGAAGCUAGUGCUCUCCGGAACUGAUGAACAGGAACCGACGCUCAGAGUGGACCUGGAUACCGCGGACUUCGGGUACGCUGUCGGUGAGGUAGAGGUCCUGGCGCACAAGGAGGCUGAAGUACCCGCUGCCCUGGCGAAGAUCCUCACCAUCAGCAGCAUGCUUGGUGUGCCAGCACAGGAGAAGGCACCUGCUAAGCUCAUCAUGUACCUACAGCGCUACCGGCCUCAGGACUAUCAGCGCCUGCUAGAUGGAUACAGCUCCGAGGGACCAUAGGGACUCAACAUCCAGACAGUGGGUUGGGCUAGUGACUUUACUUUCUAUAAAGAGAAGGGAACUUUGGGUCUGAUGCUGCUGUUCACACCUGAACUCACUGUGCCCUUUCCCUUCCAACAGACCCUCUUCUCUAUCCACCUCUGCCCAUUUCUUUCAGCAUGUCUUCAGCUACCAGUCUUGGA